UUGUCACUCCACACAACAUGUGAAUUUUUACACGGCUUCGUUGAAUUCACGCGAAUAUGUAAUCUUGCCGCAUAAACUAUAAACCCACUGGAACAAUUUCAAGCCGUAUUCUUCUUCUUCUUCACUGAAAAAUAAAAUCAAAAGAAUGGCGGCGUUUGAGGAAUUGCCGGAAGAAUGUGUUGCCGCGAUACUCUCUCGUACCACUCCUUUUGACGCCGUCAGGCUCUCUCUCGUCUCCAAAACUUUCCGUUCUGCCGCCAAUUCCGACGAAGUAUGGAAUCAAUUUCUCCCUUCCGAUUCCCAAUUCAUCGACACUGUCAUCUCCCAAUUUCCUUCCCUUGCCAAUGCUUCCACCAAAAAGGAUCUCUAUCUCGCUCUAUCUGAUUGCCGUAUCAUCACUGAAGAUCGUCGAAAGAGUUUUCAAUUGGAUAGAAAGAGUGGAAAAAAUUGUUACAUGAUUGAUUCAAGGUCUCUCACCUUUGAUGAUGGUUAUUUUUUGCCUCAAUGGAAACGGAUUUCGAUUCCUAUGCACGAGUCCAGGUUUCCUGAAGUUGCCGAGCUUGACGAUGUUUGUGGGAUUGACAUUUGUGGUAUGAUAAACACCAUUGCCUUGUCCCCAAAUACUCAGUAUGUAGCGUAUCUUGUGUUCAAGAUGGCUGAUGUCUUUGGACUUAAUAGAAUUCCUGUGGAAUUCACAGUUCGUGUGGAAAAUCCUCAUUAUCAUAAUGCUACAAUUGUCUGUUUGUAUCCAAAUGUAGAAAGUAGGGGGCACAAGAACAGUGAAGUAGGAUUGCAACUAGUAGAAGUAUUGUCUAGAGCGAGAAGUGAUGGGUGGUUUGAGAUUGAGAUUGGGGAGUUCUUCAAUUUAGGCAUAGAAUAUGAAGAAAUCCAAAUGAAUGUUAAUGUCGAGAUAAAGGAUGGUUUUCUGAACACAUGUCUUUUAGUUGAAGGAAUAGAAGCUAGGCCUAAGUAAGAUUAUUAUGCAAGGAGUCCUCUUGCGUCUUGGAUGGGAGAAUAUCGUUCCAACUUCUCAACAUACUAUAUAUUAUUGUUCCAAACUGUUUCUUCGGAAAGUAUAUGCACAGGUUUUAUCGCUUAUCGUGGUUCUGUACAUUGAGAUAUACAUGUUAUGGAGGAUAUUAACCUCCUAUAUAAUAUAUUGUGAAAUUGUGAUAAAAUGUGAAAUGGCUAUUAAUUGAUUUGGGACCCUCAACUAUGAGAGUCAGGUAUUUGAAAUUA